UACACUACUUCCGUCCUGUGCGUUUUACCGCAGUUCCGGCCUGUGUGUUCCACCUUACUUCCGGUAACUGCGUUCCACACACAGGAAGUGAGUUUCCAUCGACUGCUGCAGCCUCCUAGUGUUCGUCGUGAUCAGACACUCCAGCUGUGAGGACCCAGAGACUUUAUUACAUGUCACAUGUUCUGUAUUCUCAUCCAUCACUAAGCAUGGACACGGCCAGGAGUCACAGGACUGAGGUGAUAAUAAAUAUCACCCUGGAGAUCAUCUACCUGUUGACUGGAGAGGAUUACACAGUAGUGAGGAAGACAUCUGGUGAGUAUGAGACACCCAGCAGCCGUCUCCGCAUGUCAGGAGGACUGAGCAGGACCCAGAGCCCCAUCACGGUGCCUCAACCUCACUCACUGAUACAUGAGAGCCACAAUGACCAGAAAAUCCUGGAACUCACCAACAAGAUCAUUCAGCUGCUGACUGGAGAGGAGGGGGAGUAUAUAGAGAAACACAGGGGUCUGUACAAGGACGUGAUGAUGGAGAAUCACCGGCCCCUCACAUCACUGGAAGGACCCAGUAACAGAGAUACCCCAGAGAGAUGUCCCCGUCCUCUGUAUUCCCAGGACUGUACAGAGGAGAAUCACAGGAUCCCACAGGAGGAUCAGUUAGAACACCUGUUUGAUAUUAAAACAGAAGAUAUAGAGGGAGAAGAAGAGACGUAUGUGACUGAUAUGAAGGCUGAAGAUAUAGAGGGAGAAGAAGAGACGUAUGUGACUGAUAUGAAGGCAGAAGAUAUAGAGGGAGAAGAAGAGACGUAUGUGACUGAUAUGAAGGCAGAAGAUAUAGAGGGAGAAGAAGAGACGUAUGUGAGGGGUGAUCAGCUGUGUAAGGAGGAGGAAAUCCCUACAGAUAUCAGCACAGCAGAUGGACACACAAGCAGGAACAUCUCAGAAGGACAUCUAAUGUUAUCCCCGGAUUGUGACAUAAAAGAUAAUGACAGCAGACAGGAUUCUCCAGGAGAUAACCCCAUUACCCCAAUUAUACAUCCAGCUCUAUCAGCUGAUCCUGGGAAAUGUUCUCCUGAUCACUCUAAUAUUGGUGCAUCUAUUACAGCUCUGACAGUAGAUACAGUGUUUCCCUGUUCUAUAGAUGCCAAAUGUUUUACACAGAACACAAACCUUAUUACCCAUCAACCAGCUAAGGCAGAUGAGAGGCCAUUUCCAUGUUCUGAGUGUGGGAAAUGUUUUACACGGAAAUCACAUCUUGUUACACAUCAGAGAAGUCACACAGGUGAGAAUCCAUUUUCUUGCUCUGAGUGUGGGAAAUGUUUUAUACAGAAAUCAGAUCUUGUUAAACAUCAGAGAAGUCACACAGGUGAGAAGCCAUUUUCUUGCUCUGAGUGCGGGAAAUGUUUUACCCUGAAAUCAAAUCUUGUUACACAUCAGAGAAGUCACACAGGUGAGAAUCCAUUUCUAUGUUCUGAGUGUGGGAAAUGUUUUAAAUACAAAUCAGUUCUUGUUACACACCAGAGUAGUCACACAGGUGAGAAGCCAUUUUCUUGCUCUGAGUGUGGGAAAUGUUUUACCCAGAAAUCACAACUUGUUACACAUCAGAGAAGUCACACAGGUGAGAAACCAUUUUCUUGCUCUGAGUGUGGGAAAUGUUUUACCCAGAAAUCACAACUUGUUACACAUCAGAGAAGUCACACAGGUGAGAGGCCAUUUCCGUGUUCUGAGUGUGGGAAAUGUUUUACACAGAAAUCAGAUCUUGUUACACAUCAGAGAAGUCACACAGGUGAGAAUCCAUUGUCUUGCUCUGAGUGUGGGAAAAGUUUUACAUACAAAACACUUGUAAUACAUAAUAGAAUACAUACAGGUGAGAAACCAUAUUCCUGUUCUGAGUGUGGGAAAUGUUUUACAUACAAAACAACUCUUGAUGCACAUAAGAGAAGUCACACAGGUGAGAAGCCAUUUUUUUGCUCUGAGUGCAGGAAAUGUUUUAUCCGGAAAUCACAACUUGUUACACAUCAGCGAAGUCACACAGGUGAGAGACCGUUUCCAUGUUCUGAGUGUGGGAAAUGUUUUGCACACAAAUCAGAUCUUGUUAGACAUAACAGAAGUCACACAGGUGAGAAGCCAUUUUCUUGCUCUGAGUGCGGGAAAUGUUUUACACGGAAAUCACAACUUGUUACACAUCAGCGAAGUCACACAGGUGAGAAUCUAUUUUCUUGCUCUGAGUGCGGAAAAUGUUUUACCUGGAAAUCACAACUUGUUAUACAUCAGCGAAGUCACACAGGUGAGAAGUCAUUUCCAUGUUCUGAGUGUGGGAAAUGCUUUGCACAGAAAUCAGAUCUUGUUAGACAUAACAGAAGUCACACAGGUGAGAAGCCAUUUUCUUGCUCUGAGUGCGGGAAAUGUUUUACACGGAAAUCACAACUUGUUGCACAUCAGCGAAGUCACACAGGUGAGAAUCUAUUUUCUUGCUCUGAGUGCGGAAAAUGUUUUACCUGGAAAUCACAACUUGUUAUACAUCAGCGAAGUCACACAGGUGUGAAGUCAUUUCCAUGUUCUGAGUGUGGGAAAUGCUUUGCACAGAAAUCAGAUCUUGUUAGACAUAACAGAAGUCACACAGGUGAGAAGCCAUUUUCUUGCUCUGAGUGCGGGAAAUGUUUUACACGGAAAUCACAACUUGUUACACAUCAGCGAAGUCACACAGGUGAGAAUCUAUUUUCUUGCUCUGAGUGCGGAAAAUGUUUUACCUGGAAAUCACAACUUGUUAUACAUCAGCGAAGUCACACAGGUGUGAAGUCAUUUCCAUGUUCUGAGUGUGGGAAAUGCUUUGCACAGAAAUCAGAUCUUGUUAGACAUAACAGAAGUCACACAGGUGAGAAGCCAUUUUCUUGCUCUGAGUGCGGGAAAUGUUUUACACGGAAAUCACAACUUGUUACACAUCAGCGAAGUCACACAGGUGAGAAUCUAUUUUCUUGCUCUGAGUGCGGAAAAUGUUUUACCUGGAAAUCACAACUUGUUAUACAUCAGCGAAGUCACACAGGUGAGAAGUCAUUUCCAUGUUCUGAGUGUGGGAAAUGCUUUGCACAGAAAUCAGAUCUUGUUAGACAUAACAGAAGUCACACAGGUGAGAAGCCAUUUUCUUGCUCUGAGUGUGGGAAAUAUUUUGCACGGAAAGCAGAUCUUAUUACACAUCAGCGAAGUCACACAGGUGAGAGGCCAUUUCCAUGUUCUGAGUGUGGGAAAUGUUUUGCACAGAAAUCACAUCUUGUUGUACAUCAGCUAAGUCACACAGGUGAGAAUCCAUUUCCUUGCUCUGAGUGUGAGAAAUGUUUUACCUGGAAAUCACAACUUGUUACACAUCAGCGAAGUCACACAGGUGAGAAGCUAUUUCCAUGUUCUGAGUGUGGGAAAUGUUUUGCACACAAAUCAGAUCUUGUUAGACAUAACAGAAGUCACACAGGUGAGAAGCCAUUUUCUUGCUCUGAGUGCAGGAAAUGUUUUAUCCGGAAAUCACAACUUGUCACACAUCUGCGAAGUCACACAGGUGAGAAGCCAUUUUCUUGCUCUGAGUGUGGGAAAUGUUUUACACAGAAAUCAGAACUUGUUACACAUCAGCGAAGUCACACAGGUGAGAGGCCAUUUCCAUGUUCUGAGAAAUAAAUCAGCUCUUGUUGCACACAAUAGACAUCACUCAGGUGAGGAACCAUUUUAGUCUUCUGGAGUAUACUACUUAUUGCCAUGUAAUGUUCUUCAAGGUUCUUAUCCUAUCUCUUAUGCUUUUUGCAAUAUACAUGCUACCACUGGGUAUAAUAAUCAGACGUCAUGUCCAUAUCUACCACAGCUAUGCAGAUGACCUGCCUUUUGCUCCAAGUACUGAGAACCCAGUACCAAUCCUAAAUGGUAGUCUAGCUGAGCUCCAGGUGUGGGUGAUGCCAGUUGCCUGUGACUCAGUCCUGGUGAAACAGGUCCUUAUGAUAGAAGCUCACCAACAAAGGGCAGGGCUACAGCUCAGCUUUGCAAACCAACCAGACUUACGCUUGGGGGUUCAUAGUUACAAAAUGCUGAUCCUGUGUGGAAUCUUGGUGUCCUAGAUGGUGGAAUGACAGAUAUCAGGUAUCAGUCACAAUCAGAUCCUCAUCUGAGGAACUUAGCCAGACUCCAGCACUUAUUUCCCUCAGAAGAUCUACCUACAGUCAUACAUGCACUUGUAUCAUCACUCCUAGAAUACUGUAAUGUCCUCUACCUGGGUCUCCCAGCAAAAGAAUUGCACCGCUUACAGCUUGUACAGAAUGCAGCAGCCAGGAUGUUACCUAAUCAGCCCGUUCCUGCCACAUAACAUCUAUUUUCUGCUCCCUUCACCAGCUGACUGUAAGAUGGUGACUCUGGGCCUAAUUCAGGUUGGAUUGCAGUGUGCAAUCCACACGGAAUUAUUGAGAAAAAGUUGCGGGCGCAUGCGCAGCGCCCGUCCUGCACAUGCGCCUGCAUUCUCUGCGAAGGGCAGCAGAAAAUGCGAUUGCUCCUUGUUAAUCAGGCAGAGGUGGUCACGGGGUGGGGGGCAAUGCUCCAUUUACAGGAAGAAGAUGGAGAUUUGCAAGUGCGGACGGGAGGUGGACAAACGGGGGCGUGAUCACGGUGGCUGCAUGGCAUCACACGCAGCUGUCGCGAUAGAGGAGAAUGCGAUGGGGCUAUGCUGUGCCGCCAGGAUGCUUCACUAAUUUCUAAGAUAAAGCAGAAAUUGUGAAGCGAUCGCAAUUUCUGCUUCAUCAAGGGGGAGGCGCCGGUCAGCAUACUGGGGUGGCCUUGCCCUGCGAUGAGUGGCCCCUAGCACGCUAGAAAAAGGAUUGCAAAUUCUGCUAAUUAGCAGCAUCUGCUAUCCUUACUGAUUUACUGUAUGCCCCUAUUACAGAAUCUUACUGACUCUCCCAGCCCUACAUGACCAGGGUACAUGUACCAGAAGCAGCUUCUGCCUCCUUACUGCCCUGGUUACUUCCAUCUGUUGAUGAAGGACUGUUAGUAGUACCAUAAAUCCCCAAGCAGUGUUUAGAUGUCGGGGAGACAGGUGGGUGGCAGUGGCAAUAGUGGGGGAGAGACUGGGUGGAAGGAGACAGGGUGGUGGCAGUAGUGCGGGGAGACAGGUUAGUUGGCAGC